AUCCUCAUGUCCGAACAGCAAAAGAUCCUCGCGGAUCUGACGGCCACGAUCAAACACCAGAUCCACUUGAUGGAGCAGAGUCUCGGCAAGCGACACCAGCUCAUGGACGCACUCAAGCACGCUGCCAACUUCCUUAACGAGCUCCGCACAUCACUGCUCACACCAAAGCAAUACUAUGAAUUGUACAUCCUCGUAUACGAUGCAUUGGAGAGCCUCGCGACGCAUCUCCGCAGCCUCCACCCGCACCACCACCUCUCGGACUUGUACGAGUUGGUGCAGUACGCGGGCAACUUGGUGCCACGGCUAUACUUGAUGCUUACUGUGGGCACGGUGUACAUGGCGCUCGACGACGCACCAAAGGCUGAGGUCAUGCGCGACAUGUUGGAGAUGUGCCGUGGCGUACAGCACCCAAUCCGCGGCUUGUUUUUGCGUUAUUAUCUCAUGCAGCGUACGAAGGGCUUGAUUGACCAGGCUGACUCCGCCGACGCCAUCCUGUUCAUUAUCACAAACUUUAUUGAGAUGAACAAGUUGUGGGUCCGCUUGCAGCACCAGGGCCAUUCGUCACAGAGGUCGUUGCGCACGCUCGAGAGACAGCAGCUCCAGAUCUUGGUGGGGUCGAACUUAGUCAGGUUAUCUCAGUUAGAAGGAGUAGAUGUGGAGGUGUAUAAAGAGCAGAUCUUACCAGCGGUGAUGGAGCAGAUUGUGCAGUGUCGGGAUGUGUUGGCACAGGAGUACUUGGUGGAUGUGAUUAUCCAGAUUUUUCCGGACCAAUGGCACUUGGCGACGAUGGACUACUUUUUGGAUCGGGUGUUGGAAUUGAACGAGGGGGUGGGGUAUUACAAGUUUUGGGUGGGGAUGGUUGACAGGUUGGAGGACUUGAUAAAAAAUCCAGCUGAGGAAGACUUGGCAAAAGAUCCAGUUAAGGCUGAAUCUUCUACUGGAUCUUUCUCAUCUGACUUAUUCCUCUCCCUCUUCAACCACUACACCCAGCUCUCCCUCACCACCUCUCUCUCUCCCACCGAAUCCUCCAAAAUUCUCUCGUCUCUCUGCAAACUCUGCAUCGCCAUGUACCCCGCGAAUUACGGCUUUGUCGACCAGAUUCUCCAGACAGCCUUGGAAAUCGAGGCGAACGCAGCGGACGACGAAUGGCUGGCAUUACUCCUCACCCCAGUCGUCAACUACACUGACAUUCUCACGCUCUUGCACUUGAAAAACUUCAAUGCAUUGUUGGGCCAGCAGAAUGAAAAGUUGCAGAGACGGAUCAUUGGUGAGAUCCUUGACAAGUUGCUUGCCACUUCCAAGACCGGUCUUUCCACCGGCAUCAGCGACGUUGGUGAUGUGUUGGGGAUCUGUGAGUACUUCAAAAUUGUCGUAAGCAACAACUUCGGCCCCAAUAAGGUCAGUGGCGUGGAUGUCACCGCCAAGGCCUUGGGAAAGGCCCCUGAGGUUUCCCUUUUGCACGAAAAGUUUGCAAAGAUCUUUCACUUGUUCCACGCUCCAAACCCGCUUGACACCUUGAAAAUCUACAAGGCUAUCGACCGCAGCUUAUGUAGCGUCGACAGCGCCGCCACGAUGCCGCCUCCGCAGCAACGCGCGGUCAAUGCGAGCAUCAAGUUGCAGAUUUAUCCGACAUUGAUCCAGCAGACCCUCAGCCUCACGCGGCGGUUCCGCGCGGUUCCCGCAAACGAAGCCACUCUUGUCGACAUCUUCAAACUCGUUGGCACGCUUCUGAGCGAACUACUCUCUGUUUCCGACUCCAACGUCUACCCCGAGAUGUGUCUCAAGUUGUACCUCAGCGGUGCGCUCAUCGCGAACCACUUGGCUUACAAGUUCAAGCUCGCAAGGUCUGACGGGGCGGUCGAUACGUUGUGCGAAAUCUCGUACGACUUCUUUGUCCAGUCGUUCCUCAUCUACGAAGAAUACAUUUCGGACUCGCGCACCCAGUACCAGUGUUUGGUGAUGAUCAUCAGCAAGCUCACUCGGUUGCUGAUCCUCACAGAGACGUUCAAGGCCAGCUACGAAACGUUGAUCACCAAAACCACGUUGUAUGGGUCUAAGCUCUUGAAGAAAACCGACCAGUGUCGUGCGGUGUAUCUCGCGAGCCAUCUCUGGUGGGGUACCCUUCCGGAGGAGGCAGACGAAACUUUGGCGGUCAAUGAUGGAAAGCGUGUACUCGAGUGCUUGCAGCGGUCGUUGCGCGUGGCUGACUCUGUCUUUUCCACCUCCACGUCGUUCAACGCCGCAAAUUUGGUUUCUCUCGAGUUGUUUGUGGAAAUCUUGAACCAGUGUCUAUACUACUUCAUCCAUGGAAACGAAUCUAUCAACGUGCGGUACAUCAACGGGUUGGUGGAGUUGAUCCAGACGAAUCUUACUAACUUGGAGAAUGAGCUAGAGGCCGGUAGCGCCGACGCCGAAGAAGCCGCCACCACCGCGUUUGCCGCCACCACGCGGCACUUCAAGCGGACUUUGACGUACAUCGAAGGCCAGAAGGAGAUUGAUGAGCGGUUCCAGAUGUUGAACACCAGGGUUUGA